AUGGCCGAAUGUAGUAGCAACAGCAGAUCAUUGGCCGCCUCCAGCACGCUUGAUCAUCACAGCGGCAGCAAUGACAGGUGGCAGGACGAGCCUCCUUAUAAGCUGACGGUGCAGAAGGCGGCCGAUGCAGGGGCCGAUACAACAGGACGGCGCGAGAAGUUUGAGAAGAAGCUCGAGGCCCAGUGUCACUGUGGCCGCGUGAGAUACUGGAUCAGCCGCGACAAGCCGCUGGUCGCCAAGUUCUGCCAUUGCCACGGUUGCCAGAAGCUCCAUGGUGCCCCUUUCCAGUGGGCCGCCAUCUUCCACAAGUCCGACAUUCUCUUCGAGCACGGCGCGCAGGGUAUCGAGUUUUACAACUCCGGGAAUCGCAACGCAGCACACGACCUGCCCUGCAAGCUAAGCUGUCAAUACUGCAGGGCGCCCAUUAUGGACGAGGGCCGCAGAAUGGUGCUGUUAUUCCCAACGCUGAUCGACUUUGCACGAGUACCCGCGGAUGCUGGCGAUGGCCUGGGUCCAAGCGUUCAGCAUCCGGGCAAGCAGGAGCGCAGUGAGGAGGACGCAAAGAGACUCAAAGACGGGUUCUAUCCGGAUUGUCAUAUCUUUUACAGCCAACGGUUGGUAGACAUCCCAGACAGCAAGCCCAAGUGGAAAGGCCUGGAUGGGGCAGACGGCAUACUGUGUGACAACAUGCCUUGA